GGGGUCGGCAAAUAAUAGCAUGCUUAAUUAGCAGGCAUGUAGUUCCCUUAGUGAUGUUCUACAUAUUAUGAUUAAGCUUCUCCAUUAGCAGCUUGCAUGCAAUCAACGCGCCGGUAGAACAAUGGCGCCCCGGUGGUGGCUGCUCAUUCUCUGCCUCACCGCCAGCGUACACCAUACUCGCACACAGCCUGACAGCAAAGGUUUCAUCAGCAUAGACUGCGGGCUACAGGGAGAGGAGAGUUACGUCGAUGAGGAGACGAAGCUGGUGUACGUCUCCGACGCUGCCUUCACUGACACCGGCACGCCUUACAACAUCUCGGCUGAGUAUUUCCGACCGUGGGGCUCCAGGAACGUCCGCAGCCUGCGGAGUUUCCCCGAUGGUGUCCGCAACUGCUACACUCUACGAUCCCUGGUCUCCGGCCUCAAGUACAUCUUCCGCGCCACUUUUCUCUAUGGCAACUACGAUGGCCUUAACCAGCGACCAGUGUCCUUCGACCUCUACAUCGGAGUUAACUUCUGGACGGUGGUGAACAUGUCGUGGUGGGGGUCGGGCCAGGACAGCAUGGGGACGUUGGAGGCCAUCGUCGUCGUGCCACACGACUUGGUCCAGGUGUGCUUGAUCAACACCGGCGAAGGGACGCCCUUCAUCUCCGGGCUGGAGCUGAGGCCGCUCAAGAUGUCUCUCUACCCCCAGGCAACGGCGGAGGUGGGGCUGUUGCUGCGGAGCAGGCGAAACUACGCCCCGAUCAACGAAACAACCAUGAGGUACCCCGAUGAUCCGUACGACCGGCUAUGGAUCCCUUGGUCCCGCGCCACGGACUGGGCAGCGAUGUCGACGACCGCGAGGGUGGACAGCGUCGAUGUCGACUACUUCGAGGCGCCCAUGGCGGUGCUGCAGACGGCGGUCACGCCGCUGAAUGCCUCCGGGAGCAUCACAUUCGGCUGGAACGCUCAGCCCCAACCGAACAAUCCGUUGCCGGGGUACCUCACCGUCUUGCACUUCGUCGAGCUGCAGCUCCUGGACAGGGAUGCCGUGCGCCAGUUCAACAUCACCCUCAACGACGAAAGCAGGUUCCCGGGUCCGACCUACACCUACACACCACCAGGCUAUCUCAACAGAGGCUGUGUCUACAAUAGUUUUCCCUACCCGCGCGGGAGUACCUACAUCUUCACCAUCAAGGCCACAACCAAUUCCAUGCUGCCGCCCAUCCUCAACGCCUUCGAGGUUUUCUCCGUCAUCCCCACCACCAACGUUGGCACCGACAUCCAAGAUGCAUCUGCCGCCAUGGCGAUUAAGGCCAAGUACAAGGUGCAGAAGAACUGGAUGGGUGAUCCGUGCUUUCCCAAGACUAUGGCGUGGGAUAGUAUGAAUUGCAGCUAUGCCACUGCCGGCCCUCCAAGGAUCACAACCAUAAAUCUGUCAUCCAAUGGCUUGGAUGGUGAUAUAUCGUCUUCAUUUGCAAAUCUCAAGGCUCUCAAAUACUUGAAUUUGUCAAACAACAACUUGACAGGCUCAAUUCCAGAUGUCCUUUCACAAUUACAGUCCUUGACAGAUAUAGAUUUGUCCGACAACCAGCUCAAUGGAUCAAUCCCCUAUGGACUUCUCAAAAGAAUUCAAGAUGGCUCCCUGAAUCUAAGACAUAGCAACAAUCCAAACCUUUGUACCGAGGACAAUUCAUGUCAGCUUGUUGCUAAAAGGAAGAACAAACUAGCCAUCUACGUUGUUGUCCCCCUACUUGUCAUUGUGGUGAUAGUAUCAAUGGCAACCCUAGUCUUAUUCUUGCUAAGACGACGAAAGAAGCAGAAAGGAUCAAUGAACAAUAUGGUCACAAUAAAGCCACAGAACGAGGAGGAAAUGCGAACGAGUCAUGGCGGUGCUAAUGAUUCUCUGCGACUAGUCGAGAACCGCAGGUUCACUUACAAGGAACUCGAGAUGAUAACCAAUGGCUUUGAGCGGGUGCUUGGCCAAGGAGGGUUCGGUCGUGUCUAUGAUGGCUUCCUGGAAGAUGGUACUCAAGUGGCGGUGAAGUUGCGAUCUCAUUCCUCCAAUCAAGGUAUCAAGGAGUUCCUCGCAGAGGCUCAGAUACUAACCCGGAUUCAUCACAAGAAUCUUGUGGCUAUGAUUGGUUACUGCAAGGAUGGGGAGUAUAUGGCUCUUGUGUAUGAGUACAUGUCACAAGGAACCUUGCAAAUGCACAUUGCUGGAAUUCAUGAAAGUUUACCUUGGAGGCAGAGGCUUCGGAUCGCACUUGAAUCUGCACAAGGUUUGGAGUAUCUGCACAAGGGGUGCAACCCGCCUCUUAUCCAUAGGGAUGUCAAGUCCACCAACAUCUUGUUGAAUGCCAGACUGGAGGCCAAGAUUGCAGAUUUCGGUUUGUCCAAGGCCUUCGACUACUACAAUGAAAAUUACAUUUCAACAAAUACAAUUGUUGGUACACCCGGAUAUGUUGAUCCAGAAUACCAGGCAACGGUGCAACCCACGACCAAGAGCGAUGUGUACAGCUUUGGUGUGGUAUUGCUAGAGCUGGUCACCGGGAAGCCGGUCAUCCUCUCGGACCCGGAACCCAAGAGCAUUAUUCAUUGGGUGCGACAACGGCUAGCGAGAGGCAACAUCGAGGGUGUGGUGGACGUGCGAAUGCAUGACGGUUACAAUGUCAAUGUCGUUUGGAAGGUGGCGGAGAUAGCACUCAAAUGCACUGCACACACAUCAGUACACCGGCCCACUAUGGCCGACGUUGUGGCACAACUACAAGAGUGCGUGGAGCUCGAGGAGGGCCCGACCCGUGAUGUCAACACUUGCGACAGCAACAAUGAUUACUCGAGAUGGAAUUAUAAUGCUUAUGCUAGUGGGAAAUCCACUGAUGUGAGCAGGAAUGCUGCAUUUCAGACGGAACUGAGGAUGCCAACGGUGGACCUCGGUCUAGCUCCUGCUACACGUUGAAAGACAUCUUCAUCUUGAAUCAUUUAUAUGAUUGUUAUUUUCUUCAAGUUGUUGUGAUAAUGCUAAAAAUGUUGUAAUUUUUACUAAUUAAAUUUACUGCAAUUGAAUAUUUUUCAGAUAAGUUGUGUGCAAUUUGUAUUUUUUUUAAGUAA